UGGAAGACCGCGUCUUUUUUGCAAUCUAGCAUUUUUGCUUAAUUCCUGUGUAAACGUUAAUAAUUGACGGAAUAUUGUGUUAUAAAGUACAUAAGUACUAACCAAUACACUCGUCGCAACCUAUUUGAGUAAAAACGCUUACCGACAGUAUUAUCGUGUGAUUUAUCAAGCGGUCGUGUCGGGGCCGUACUCUUACUAGUUGUAGUUUGUUUUCGCGUAUCAGUGAAACAUGGUUCGCGGUACGGGUAGAGGAGGCCGUGGUAUGCCUGGGCGCGGUGGUAUGGGCCGCCCGCCGUUCAACAGGCCGAGGGUGCUGCUGUUGCGCCCUCCUUUUGAUCUGGUUAUGGCCGAGCCUGCUUUCCCUAGAUGUAAACCUGCCCCUGAUGACUCUGCACUUACACAGGCUCUGUUAAAGAGGCAUGCAGAGCUGUGCCCGACCCCGGCGGAGCAGUCUGCUGUGCUCAGCCUGGUCACCAAGCUGCAGACGGUGCUCGACAACCUGGUGGUGGCUCCGGGAGACUUCGCUGCUUGUCAACUGGAGGAAGUGAGGCAGGUUGGCUCCUACAAGAAGGGCACUAUGAUGGCCGGCAAGAACGUGGCCGAUAUUGUGGUCAUCAUGAAGACGCUGCCCACCAAGGAGGCUGUUGAGGGGCUCUCCAACAAGGUGACGGAGGAGCUGAACAAGUUGCUCGCAGCCGAAGGCGGAGGCUCCGUGACGUGCUCCUGCCACGAGCGGGGCUUCACCGCGCAGGGCGCCGCCGCCGCCGUGCGCGUGCUCGUCACCACGCUGCACCACAACCUGAGGAAGCUGGAACCGGAGGUUCACUUGGAGUACAAAGUGAUCAGCAGCCACCUGGCCGCCAUCCGUCACAGCCGCUGGUUCGAGGAGAACGCACACCACUCCUCCAUUAAGGUGCUUAUCCGGCUGCUCCGAGAUAUGUGCGCGCGCCACGCCGGACUCGAACCCCUCACCCCGUGGAUGAUCGACCUGCUGGCGCACCACUGCAUCAUGAACAACCCGCAGCGACAGGCGCUGCCCAUCGCACAGGCGUUCAGACGCUCGUUGUCCCUGCUAGCCGGAGGCCUGUUCCUACCGGGCUGUGCCGGCCUCUCGGACCCGUGCGAGGCCGCGCACGCGCGCGCGCACACCGCGCUCGACCUGCAGGCGCAGGACAACGCCGCCGCCACAGCGCAGACACUCCUGCGCGUGGUGGCUCGCGGCGGUCACCGCUACGUCCUAGGUCUGCAGCUCUUCGAGGGUGGCAAGGACAUCUCCGGCGAGAUCACCGUCUGGGACGGAGUAGUGGUCUCCCCCCUGGCACCCGCUUACAGCGACGCCCCCGAGCCCAUGGAUACUGACGACAAAGAAGAAGAGCAAGACGGCGUGGCGGCUUGAACCAAACUUUAAGCAAUACUUUAAUUUUAGUAUGAAAUCUUUAAAUAAGUAUGACAUGCGACCAUACUUUAAGAUUGUAUGAGAUCUUUAAUAAAUUCUUCUUUAACUUUA